UGGCUUUGUUCUUUUUGGCCAGGCCUCCAGACUCUAAUAGUUUUGGUUAAUCUAUGGUAUCAAUUAUGAAUAAAAUCUUGUUGCUUUAGUAACUCUUGGGUAUGGCAUCCUUUGUACAAUGUUUUCCUGUGACCAUAACACAUGCCCCAGACUGUUUCCAGAGACAAGCAUGCCAAUCUGUAAACGUCAACCUGCAAUGCAUAUUUUGUUGUGUUUGACAUGCCUGAUCCAGCAGUUGGAUGUGUUGCUAAAUAUGGGGAAUACGUAUAUUGGAUAAAGAUUUUGACAUACCGGAAAUGCCUUUUAACAAAGUCUAAAAUGGGAGCACUCCUAUCUAAUUACUGUGUGCUUUCUCCUGCUAGUUACAUUGCAAGAAUCUGAGCAGUUUUACAUCAGGGCGACUAACUGACAUCACUGCAUUAAUUGCAAUAGAACUGAUUUUCUAACUGCAUCUACACAUACAUUUAAGGAGCUCAUUCCCUAUUUGGCCAGACAACAGGGGCAUGGCAACCUGUGGGAAGUGUAGCUACAUUUAGCAUUAGGGAAACCUGUAGGCUACAAAAAAGACAAGGCCAGGAUGUAUCACUCUUUCCUGCUCUCCUUUGCAUUGUAAAGCUUAUAGUUGUUUCGGCUAACUUAAACAAGGAAGCGACUAUUACGCAGCACAUGAAAGGGUUAACAUUUGAGAAAGUCACAUAAAGUGGCAGUAUAUUACGCUGCGCCUUUAGUAAACCGUGCGCACGUCUCCGAGGUCACAAGUUCCCAAGCAUAGCCCCUGAGCAGAUCACACGUCUCCAACCCCCACCAGAGGGAGACACACGGGACAGGAAGAGGGGACGAAGCUGAAUUCAUACCGAGCCAAAGUUUGUGGAAGCUGCUGCGCCUGAGAUCCGACAAGUGAGAUGACCAAUCAGUCAGCGCACUCCAACGGCAUGCAGAGACUCCGGAAGGAGUACCUGUACAAGGUGCUGGUUAUAGGAGACCUGGGGGUUGGGAAGACUUCCAUCAUCAGGCGCUACGUCCACCAGACCUACUCCACCAACUACCGGGCCACCAUCGGUGUGGACUUCGCCCUGAAGGUGUUCAACUGGGACUCUGACACGGUCCGGCUUCAACUGUGGGACAUUGCAGGUCAGGAACGUUUUGGAAACAUGACACGAGUGUACUACCGUGAAGCCAUGGGAGCCUUCAUAGUGUUUGAUGUGACACGGUCCACAACCUUUGAGGCCGUCAUCAAGUGGAAAGAGGACCUGGACUCCAAACUACUGCUGACUAAUGGACAGAGCAUUGCCACUGUGCUCCUGGCUAACAAGUGCGACCAGGGCAGGGAGUUGACCAACAACGGCAUCAAAAUGGACCAGUUCUGCAAGGACCACGGCUUUCUCGGUUGGUUUGAGACCUCGGCUAAGGAUAAUCUCAAUAUCGUUGAAGCUGCAAACCUCCUGGUAAAGCACAUCAUGGCCACAGAGAAUGACAUCCUGAAAAGCGUGAUACCAGACACCAUCUCACCUCAGCUUCACUCCGACAGGCAGAUGAGCUGCUCUGGCUGCUCUAAAUAAGGAUAAGAGACAGAACAGAAUGGAAAGACAGUAGUACAAAGAGGGACAGGCACACCACCCAGCUUUUCAAGGAAAUCUAAGUACACACAGUACAGAUCGGCCUCUUUGGUCCAAAACCAGGGUUGAAGAUUUUAUUUCGGUGAGUGUUUGUGGUUUGUUUGUGUUCUCAGUGCCCAAUUACAAGAGAAACAGAGUUUGUAAACUAAAAUCACAUGCAGUAAGAAGCACGACUUUUAGUGACUCAUCACACUGUGUUGUUAAAAGUUCUUUUGGCAGACAAACAAGUAUAACUUCAGCCCUUUUCUAUUGCUCUUUGGCAUGGUUAUUAAACGUAGAAAACAGGAGCUGUUCUUUUCAGCUGCUCAAGAUUGCACACUCUUCUAAGUUCACUUGGAGAAGUGCUGGCAACUGGCACUCAACGUGCUUCACCAAACUGAACAAACGGAGUAAAUGCUCCCAGCGUGCCUGAUGCAACACGCCCAAAGGCAAACCGGAGUUGUGUUUUUGGUUCCUCACCAUUUCAAGCAACUGUGGUUGUGAUUCUGUUCUCUCUCUAUUUACCUCCACCUUCACUCGGUGCAAGAAACUGACAUGCAGGCUUCCUUUACAGUUCAUUCUGCCAGAGCCAAAGAAAGCAAUAUUGACUGUGUAAUUAUGUGAAUUUUGCACAUACAUGUUUUUUUUUAUUAUGCGUUUAAGUUAUUUCCAUGCUUUUAUGAGAGUAAUGCUAGUUAAUGUAUUAUGUGUAAAACUUUUCCUGCUACUGACAAAGUCGCAACACAUUCGUAUUCAUAGCAACAACUUGGUCGGAGGCAAAGAAAGGACGACAGUUGAACACACACACACACACACACACAGCCUGGAGCUUGCCUGGUGUUACUAGUCUUUUUCUAGUUCCACUGGAGUAGUUCAGGUUGAGGUGAUCAAAGGUUUGAUAGACAUGAUUAUUUGUUAAUGGAAGAGAGUGGAUGUCCUUCUGCACAAAGUUCACUUCCAUAACCACUAUAUCUUACGGCAACAUUUAACCAAAGUGAUUCAUUUAUUUUAUUAUUUAUUUGCAUCUCCGGGGUUGUUUUUUUUUUUUUUUCAUCAGAAGGAAAAUGGUGAUUGUCUGGAUGUAAACUGGACUUUAUCAUGAGUUCACUUGCCAAAGCCUAACCCUCUGUAUCCAUGGUAACUAGAUCAUUUUUCAUGGUUAUCCUCAACAUCCGUGAGAAGCUAUUCCCAUACAGUCACAAGCACACACACACCCAUACCCACGCACUCUCCCUCCCUGUCCUUGUAUCUUUUUUACAUCACCUUUUCUCCUCCCCCACUACACUCUAUCCUUAUUGUUUGUAUCCUGAAAAAUUCUCCGUCCCCUAGAAAUGUGGCUGCUUUCAGUGUCUUUCUUUAGCAGUAUAUGUCCCCAGCCCCUCUUCUCCCUAUUUCUCUCAUUAUCUGAUUCACAUAGCCUACAGUAUUUGCAGCAUAUUAUAUAAACCCACACAGGCUCGACUACACACCCAGAGAUGUUGUAUUUUGUAUUGAUCUUACAACAACGUUGUUUUCCUCUUUUUGCUGACCUUGCACCUCUGUUUUACUUGGUACUAUGUCUGUGAAAGGCAAGGUAAUUGAACCCACUUUGCUCAAUGUUGUCUUUUUUCUUAGUGUAACUUAAGACAGUGAAGUUUUGUGUUUGUGACUCAAAUCCUUGGGUGUCCAAUGUGCCAGACCUGUAUAAAAUCAAUUGCAUCAUGUGGACUGUUGCCAUUGAGACAAAUGUGACCUCUGCACAGGAUUACAAUUUCACAUUGUUAGUUGGGCUCAUCAUGAGGGUGUGUGACGUCUUGGGAUAUCAGAAUGAUGUUGCAGUAUCCUAGAAAGAACUGCAUGCACGCACACAUUCUGUGUAGCUCAACAAUAGAAUGUUUUGUCUCACAAAUGAACUGAGACAAACUGCUGAUUACACCUUUUG